UUGGUACAGUCUGUGAAUUUGUUUGGUCCAACAUACAGACAUAUAGAAAGGAGUGUGUAUUGUGAGAUGGGGCAGAAGGUUGGGUUAGAGGAUGUUGUGAGAUACUUUGAUGAAGAUGGUGAUGGAAAGGUUUCGCCUUUGGAGCUGAAGCAGGGGUUAGGGAUGAUGGGUGGUGAGCUUCUGUUGAGAGAGGCUGAGAUGGCAAUUGCAUGUUUGGAUUCUGAUGGAGAUGGGUUGCUGAGUUUGGAGGAUUUCGUUGCUCUGAUGGAAGGUGGAGGAGAGGAGCAGAAGUUGAAGGACUUGAAGGUGGCUUUUGAGAUGUAUGACAUUGAAGGCUGUGGCUUUAUAACUCCAAAGAGCUUGAAGAGGAUGCUUAAGAAGAUGGGUGAGUCCAAGACCCUUGAUGAAUGCAAAGCAAUGAUCAAACACUUUGAUUUGAAUGGCGAUGGCUUCCUCAGCUUUGAAGAAUUCAGAAUCAUGAUGCAGUGACCCAUAACGCUCAUAUUUCAUUCAUUCUUUUGUACAUCAUGUGUAUGUAUAUUUCUU